AUCAUGAAGAAAUUCUCACUAACAGGGAUGUAAACAAAUGUGUGCACAAUAUGAGGGAAAUAAGCUUUUUGUGCAUAUGGAACAUUUCUGGGAUCUUUAAAUUCAGAUUAUGAAACAUGGGACCAACACUUUACAUGUUGCGUUUAUAUAUUUGUUCAGUUUACAUAGUACGUUGCUAUAAGAAUAUUUUGCAAGCGUUUGAGUCCACUGAUCUGCAUAGCUGCAUCUUGAUGAGUGAAUAGGAGCAUAGCUGUAGAUGAACUACACUCAUGUGAAAUAGGUGUAAAAGUGAAAUGGUGCAAAUUGGGCUACCUUUACGCACCAGAUGUCCAAAUUAACAGGAUUGAUUGAGGGGGUUUAUGGCCAAACACUGGACUGGAUACUAUCAAUUUAUGUUAUAAUAAUCCAAAAUUCAGUCUGCCUUGUGUUCAUGUAAAGGUUAUUAUAGUUUUGUGGUUUUAUAUUCAUUUUUUGUCUCAGUUUUCAGAUCCACUUUGCUAGUUUUUAUUUAGUUUGUUUUCACAAAAACAUUUCUAUUUAGUUUUAUAUUAUUUUGUUUCAGUUUUAGUGUUAAACUUACUGUAUGCCUCCCAGUCUAAACAGUUUGUGUGCAUAUUUUAUGUCAAGCCAGGGUAAGCCUACACAAAACACAGCCCUCAUUGUAAGUCUUUCUAAAAUCCCCUAUGAGAGAAAUUAAUGGUGGAAAAACGACCCUGUUUGACCGCCAGGUUUUAUGGGUAUUAUGACACCUCCACCGUGGGGCUCUAUAGGGUGGUUUGAUUCAUAUAAAUUAAAUAAUAGCUCAUAAUGUGAGUCCUGACACAGACAUCUACUUCUCACGGUUAAAAAAAAGAGGACAUCCUCUUGCCAAUGGCUGAAGUCUAACCCGUGCGCAGACCCGUUUCUUGCGGUUCGUUGUUUAACUCGCCAUGAUAACCAGUUAUUCGGUGUUCAAGGGAUAGACAUCUUGCAAGAUGAUUUUUUUAAGCUUCUUGGUGAUUUUGACGUCAGUCCAAGCUGUGUCUGUGCCUACCUUCUCCCCCGUGUAUGAGCUGAAGGUGGGGUACGGAGACAAUGUCACCCUCCCCUGUAACUUUUCCUCCUACCUGGGCCAGGAGGAUGAGGGGGAGGUCCGCUGGGAGGCCAUGGGGCAGGAGGUGGCCUCUAUGGAGGUUGGGAACAUCCUUGGUGAGGCCAGAUGGGACGACGGGACCAAGGGGGUGGUCAAAACGACGCUGGGGUUCUCUUCCGGGGUGGAAUUCCCCCCAGCAGAGAGGAUGAGAGAUGGAGACUUCUCUAUGACCAUCCAGGAGACAGUGCUGAGCGAUGAGGAAAUGUACGAGUGUAUCUGGCUGGGCCGCAAGACCAUCUCUACGGUCUGGCUCAAGGUUCAGGAGCCCGACCCUCCACGCUCUAUCACGCUGUUCAAGGGAAGCCCAGUCACUCUGCCCUGCUACGCUGUCAUCCCCAAGACCCAGCCCACCAGCCAGAUCUACGUCCAAUGGCUGAAGGACGAUGUGGAGAUCAUGACCCUUAACCCUGGCCCAGACAACAAGGGAUCUAAGGAAGAAGACCUCCGUCUCUCUCUCCCACCCAACAACCUGCUGGAGAACGGUGACCUGUCCUUGUUUAUCUACAAGACGGAGCUCAAAGACCAGGGAGUCUAUCGCUGCUUCUACAAGUCCAGGGGCUUCGAGGACCCUAAGAGUGGGAUACCAGAGGGUGUCUCUCUCACCAUCCUAGAUCCAUACACUGACUUAUAUAACUUAACAGGAACAGAGAAUGUCACCAGUAGCUCAGACUUCAGUGGGACUAGCGGUGAUAGUGAGAACCCAAUAACAUUCUUCACUUUGGUGACCCAAGAUAAGGAGGAUAUGCUAGUGACAUCAUCUGAGCCAAUACUAGUGCAGACAGAGAUGACACCAUCAUCACCUGACACAACCUUCGAGGAUCCAGAAGACGUGUUGGCAGUGUGGGCAAAGACCCUUCCGCUUGUGCGUAUCGGGAUAAUCACUGGGGUUCUGCUGGUUACAGCUCUGAUCUUCUUCCCUCUGCUGGCUCUCAACAAGAUCCCAUCCUAGACCCACAUUAGGAAGAGAGGGUAGACGCAAGGGUUAGGGCAAGGUCAUUCAAUUAUGGUUCUGGAGGGCUGAAAAACAUUGCUUUCAUUCUCUUUUAAUCAGACUGAUACAGAUCUGGGUCUAUCAGGUGACUCUUGGCCAAUCAAUUACAUCAAAUGAUCAUUCAUUCAGGACUAGUAACUUUUUAAAGUGUAUACAGUGCAUUCGUAAAGUAUUCAGACCCCUUUGCUUUUUCCACAUUUUGUUACCUAUUCUAAAAUAUUAGUCUUUUUUUUCUCUCAUCAAUCUACACACAAUACCCCAUUAUGACAAAUUCAAAACAGGUUGAGACAUUUUUGCAAAUGUACAAAAAAAAAACAGAAAUAGGUUAUUUACAUAAGUAUUCAGACCCUUUGGGAUGAGACUCGAAAUUGAGCUCAGGUCUAUAAGGUCCCACAGUUGACAGUGCAUGUCAGAGCAAAAACAAAGCCAUGUGGUCGAAGGAAUUGUCCGUAGAGCUUUGAAACCGGAUUGUGUCGAGGCACAUUGCAGCAUUAAAGGUCCCCAAGAACAGUGGCCUCCAUCAUUCUUAAACGUAAGAAGUUUGGAUCCACUAAGACACUUCCUAGAGCUGACCUCCCAGACAAACUGAGCAAUCGGGGGAGAAGGGCCUUAGUCAGGGAGGUGACCAAGAACCCAAUGAUCACUCUGACAGAGCUCCAGAGUUCCUCUGUGGAGAUGGGAGAACCAUCAGGAAGUACAACCAUCUCUGCAGCAUUCCACCAAUCAGGCCUUUAUGGUAGUGGCCAGACCGAAGCCACUCCUCAGUAAAAGGCACAUGACAGCUCACUUGGAGUUUGACAAAAGGCACCUAAAGGACUCUGACCAUGAGAUACAUGAUUAUCUGUUCUGAUGAAACCAAGAUUGAACUAUUUGGCCUGAAUGCCAAGUGUCACGUCUGGAGGAAACCUGGAACCAUCCGUACAGUGAAGCAUUGUAGUGGAAGCAUCAUGGUGGGGGGAUGUUUUUCAGCAGCGGGGACUGGGAGACUAGUCAGGAUCGAGGGAAAGAUGAACAGUGCAAAGUAGAGAGAGAUCCUUGAUGCAAACCUGCUCCAGAGCGCUCAGGACCUCAAACUAUGGUUCACCUUCCAACAGGACAACACAGGCAUGGCUUCAGGACAAGUCUGCGAAUGUCCUUCAGUGGCCCAGCCAGAGCCCGGACUUGAACCCAAUCUAACAUAUCUGUUGAGGCCUGAAAAUAGCUGUACAGCGACACUCCCCAUCCAACCUGACAGAGCUUGAGAGGAUCUGCAGAGAAGAAUGGGAGAAACUCCCCAAAUACAUUUAUGCCAAGCUUUUUGCUUUGUCAUUAUGGGCUAUUGUGUAUAGAUUGAUAAGGGGAAGAAAAACAAAUCAAUACAUUUUAGAAUAAGGCUGCAACAUAACAAAAUACAAACGCACUGUAUGUGUGAAUAGUCGGAAAAUGCUACAUUAUUUUAGCCACAUUACAGCUACAGCCUCUAUGCAUUUGUCCUCUGAGAUUCUGGCUCAACCACAUAUCUGAGCUGCCAGUGAGAAGUCAAUCGUUUGAUGAUGUCUGCACUGCUACGUCCGCUGAAUGCUUUGGAGGUUGUGUAUUGGAAUGUGGGAUUGGACUCAAGGCCUCAGAUGAACCCUUCUAUGCUCUGUCCAUAUAUAGUAUUCCUAUUAAUAGCUGUCCCUGCACCAGGAAAUAUGUUUAUUGCUACAAGUGCUGGAAGGAUGACGAGGGCGGGGAGACCGUCUUCAAAUACUGAACUGCACCGUUUGAAAACACAGUAUUGGAUGUACAAUAAACGUGUGUUGUGAGCGCAUGGCAAAUAAACA